UUUCUAUGUAUAGCUAUUUUGCUCCGUUUGUAUGGUUAUAGUGAGCAUUUUCAUCCAAAGCUUUUGUGGUGUGUCUAUAGUCUCCAUAUGUACUUAGCUUUGGAAACAUUACUAGCCAUAGUGGCAGCCCUGGCUCGAGCCCUGUGGGGCAUGGAGCUUGAGCCACAGUUCAAUGAACCCUACCUCUCAACCUCUCUCCAAGACUUCUGGGGUCGAAGAUGGAACAUAAUGGUGACCCGAAUUCUACGCCCGACUGUUUACGAACCUGUGCUCCAUACUUCAUCUCGGGUCAUGGGCCGAAAAUGGGCUCCACUUCCUGCCAUUUUCAGCACAUUUUUGGUGUCCGCCAUAAUGCACGAGCUUAUAUUUUAUUACUUGGGUCGUACAUGGCCCACAUGGGAAAUCACAGGGUUCUUUUUGCUCCAAGGUGUCGCUUUAAUGGUUGAGGUUGCAAUCAAGAAGGCGUUUUCCGGCCGGUGGCAGUUGCCUUGGAUCGUCACGGCUCCAUUAACUAUCGGGUUCGUGAUGGUUACCGCAUUUUGGCUGUUUUUUCCUCCAUUUUUGAGGUGUAAGUCAAUGGAAAGAACCUUUGCAGAGUACGCAGCAAUGGGUUCAUUUGUGAAAGAUGUGGGCACGGCUUUAACGUCCAAGUAUCUCAACAAUGUAACAACAGUUUAGGAUUUGUUGUUACACCUCAUAUCACCACAAAAUAGGUGUUUUUUCGUCCCUUCAAUGUAUGCUUUUUCCACUUUUCUGCUCACUGGAUUAUUUACCGUUAAUUUAAGCCGAACUUCUUGUAUAAUGAGAAUUCUAGUAGAGAAUUAUGUUAAUUAGGGAUAUAUAAAAUUGGGGUUGGCAAGAUCUUGCAAAAAGUCAUAUGAAACUCACGAUCCCAAAAGGACCUCAUUAUGUUUGGUGGCGUUUGCUAAGG